CUGCAAAGGAAGCGCUCGGUGGAAACUCGUGUAGCGAUCGAUUGCUACUGUCUGAUCCCUGUGAUGUAAAGAUGGAUGCCUGCCGAAAUAGGUUAUAAACGUGGGAAGUGAAGUCCCUGGCAGUGUUCAACGUGCAGUUCCCUGUUUUGGCCAAUGCUUGCUGCGCUACAGCAUGACCACAGCAGUGUCGGCUCAUCUGGUAGUUCUGGCAAAUGAAAAUGGAGGAGGUUUCAAUGUCCAGCCUGGACAACAGCAAGCUGGAGGGCCUAGCUCAGGACAUCCUGUCUGACCUGGUGGAGGAUGCAUGCCUGGGUCUUUGCUUUGAGGUCCAUCGGGCCGUCAAGCAGGGCUAUUUUUUCCUGGAUGACACGGACCAAGAAAGCAUGAGGGACUUUGAAAUUGUGGACCAGCCGGGAUUGGAUGUGUUCGGCCAGGUGUACAACCAGUGGAAAAACAAAGAGUGUGUGUGUCCCAACUGCAGCCGAAGCAUCGCUGCCUCACGCUUUGCCCCACAUCUGGAGAAAUGCCUGGGAAUGGGACGCAACAGCAGCCGCAUUGCCAACCGCAGAAUAGUCACCGGUAACAACACCAACAACAAGUCCGAGAGCGACCAAGAGGAUAAUGACGACGUCAAUGAUAAUGACUGGUCUUAUGGGGCAGAAAAGAAAGCCAAGAAAAGGAAAUCUGACAAGAAUCCAAACUCACCCAGAAGAUCCAAAUCAUUCAAGCAUAAGAGCAGCAUGAUGGGUCCUAGACGUCGCAUGGACAACCAGGAGAGCCCUCGCAUGCUGAUGAAAGAUGAGGCAUUCCCUCAAUAACGCACUCUGCCACAAACACACAUUCUCUUACCAUCGUGUGUGCACAUACACACAGACACGUGCACACACAUGGGAAGACCAAUAACACUUCACCUUUGGUUCUUUAUGUUGUAAAAUCAAUGGACGUCAAUGUUAUAGGUGACAUUCAUGGCGUUUGCUGCUCUGCAGAAGCAGUCCAGACCUCCCACUGUAUACUUGACAGAUUUUUUUUCACAAAAUCAUCGUACAAACAUUUGAUUUUUCUUUUGUUUUCGUUAAUUUUGUAUCCGACGUUUUUUGCUGGAGUCCAAAAUAAUGAAGAUCACUGAAUACGAUUUCACUGCACAGGUAGAUUCUGGUGUCCUUCAUUCAGCAGCCGAGCAGAGGCAGCUGUGUGAGGAGAGAACACGUGCACAUACAGUAUGUUGUUGUUUUUGUUUGUUUUUUAAAUACAGAAAUGAUUAGGCAUUAGGUGUACUUCUAUUUCUUCACCUUUUAAAAUCUUGUUCUUUGAAAAAAUAAUGUCAAAGACAAUCAUUACUAAUGGUUUGUCUUUUAUUUUCACAUUCACCGUCAGGCUCAUAGUUGAAUCACAAUACAGUGUUUGAGAGAGAAGCACCUCUCAGUUUGUCAUUCACCUGUGGAGAUUUGUUUUAAACAUGUUCAGUAAAUGAACCCCUAAUUGUACAAGCAGGUAUUUGCUGCAGAAAGCAGGUUUGUUUCAUUUUUGGUGGAUAGGUCGGCUUGUUUUCUAGCGUUCAAAACUGUCUUUGUAUCAUGUGUUUACAUUGUAAAGGGUUACAUAUAUCUUUGGUGUGAUGUGAUAGUGUAAAUAUUCCAAUAGUUGAAUUGCUGCUAUCAUGGCUCAGUUUAUUUCAUCUGUCUAGCAUAAUAAAUGAUUUGUUACCUGUC